CAAUAUUGACCUAAAUCCCAAAAAAGAAAACCCAGUCCUGUCAAUUUCCACAUUUGUAGCCUUUUUUAUCAGUAUAUAAAUUCAGUUUCUGCUCAUUGAGUUAUAUUUUGUAUUUAUAUAUAUCUCACAGUAGUUAUCCAUCAUGCCUGUUGAAGAGGAAGUGCUGAAAGUACGUUCAAAACUGGAAAACAUGAUCUCUACCAACACCGCGGAUCACAGCUCAGCUGUAGACAUUUUGAAGUCACUUCAAGAUUUACCAAUGAAGUUAGAAGUUUUACAGAAAACAAGGAUUGGUAUAACUGUAAACAACUUCCGCAAAGCAAGUUCAAAUGAUGAUGUAAUUUCACUGUCAAAGAAUCUCAUUAAAAUAUGGAAAAAACUCUUGCCAGAUAAUAAUUCAAAAAGUGAUAAAAAGGAGAAGUCUUCCUCUAGCUCAAAGAAUGGAGAAUCUAUGGAUUCGGAGGAGUCGGAGAAGAAGGGUGACGAGCAAGAGAGGAGACAAUCAGUAUCUGCCUCCAAUACACAUGAUCCUGUCAGGUUAAAAUGUAGAGAUCUACUCUGUGCUGCUCUCAAAACAGCAGAUGCCCAUGUUGGUCGCAAUGAUCCUGAAGAGAUUGCUGCAGCAAUUGAAGAUAAUAUUUUUGAAGAAUUUAAUAACACAGAAACUAAGUACAAGAACAGAGUUAGAAGUCGUGUUGCUAAUCUAAAAGAUGUAAAGAAUCCAGAUUUGAGAAUCAAUGUCAUGAGUGGGAUGAUUCCUCCUGAUAGAAUAGCUAAAAUGACUGCAGAGGAAAUGGCGAGUGAUUCUAUGAAAACAUUGCGAGCAAAGUAUACAAAAGAAUCUAUUGAUGAUCAUCAGAUGGCAAAAACUGGUGGCACAUCUACUGAUCUGUUUAAAUGUGGAAAAUGUGGCAAAAAUAACUGUACCUACAACCAGGUACAAACAAGAAGUGCUGAUGAACCUAUGACAACAUUUGUACUGUGUAAUGAGUGUGGAAAUAGAUGGAAGUUCUGUUGAUGCUGGUAUGGCAGAUUACAUUUUGGAAAUUAGUACAUGUACAUUAUAAGAAAAUGUAUGACUCAACUUACAUGCCGAUUUUUACAUUAAAAAUUGACCAAUGACAAAAGCUUUUUAACACAGACAUACAUGAAUGAGAGAAUGCAAGAUUAUUAUCUGCAUCAAAAAAAAAUCAAUGCUGAUCAAAAAGUCAAAAAGCGAUGUCUCUUAUGUUUAAUUGUACUGAUAAUUCAUCACUAGUCGUACUGUGGUGUAUGAUUACUUUGUUCAACAAUAUUGUUUAAAACAUUUCAUUUUUCUUGUCAAAUUAAUGAAGAAAAGAAAUCAUUUUACAUUUUAUGUGUUUCAAAUUUAUUUCUGAUUGUGACAGCUAAAUCUUGUAUAUAAACACUUAACCCAUUUUCACUGCCAGAACUGUAUUCAUAAAAUUACAGUGUUACAGUGAAUUAGCCAGGAAGUUACAUGAACAACUUUACAGAUGAAUGUUUAUAACAUGUGUAAGAACUUGUCUUCUAUAGAAUAAAGUGAACAAAGAUUUUUUUUCACAACUUCAUUUCCAAAGUUCUGAUGAAAAGAUCAUUACAAAUAAAUGAAUUAUAUCAGUUGUUUCAUUUCAAGUAACAAGUAUACAAAUGUCUUGUAGGCAGGAUGGCUAUGUCCAUGAAGGCAACAAAAAGGUUAAAAUCAUGAAAAUUAAAUACUUAAAUAAAGGGUUCAUGAAGAUAAAAAAAAAUUAAUUUUAUAAUCAUUAGGGGUUAUUUUAUAUUUGUAGUUGUGUAAUUUUUACUUUAUAUGCCAUUAUUGAAACAGUCAAUGUCUAAAGGGCAGUCAUUCCAUAUAAACUCUCAUACUGCAGUCAUCAUUUUUUAUGAUAAUAUGGAUAUGAUUUAUUAUACAUGUACUGUACCAUUGUUUUGUUGUUUUCUCUUGUGUUUUAGUCUUUAGUAUUGUUAGCUACAUUUUAAUUACAAAUUAGUGGGGGAAAAAACUUGGAUUACAUUAACCGUUACUAUUUUAUACUGUAGUAUGUGUAAUGAGCAAGACCUGUUGAACUUGAAAAUUUUAAUGAUGGUUAAUUUAUGGUAUUUCAUGUAAAACUGUUGACAUUAGAUAGUGUUCAGUGUAGAGUCAGAUUGCAUGAUGUAGGCUGUUAGUUGCCUGUUCUGAUAUGAUAAACAAGUUACUCUUAGAAUAGAUAGAUGUCUGUUCAGUCUUGCUGGGCUAAAUAGGUGAGGUACUUUUAGACUGUGUUUCUAUUCCAUAGUUACUGGUAGUUAAUAAACCCUUGUUGACUGACACAUAAUGACAUUUACAAACAUUUAUUUUUGUUUUGUAAGGAAAAGGCUUACAUAAGAUAUUUUAAGGAUAAAAAGCUACAAGCUAAGAUAAUAUAGACUAUGAGAGAGAUUGUUUAAGAAUGUUAUGACUUUUAAAGCCUUGUGUGGGGAAGAAAGAGUUUAAAUGAUUUCUUGUUUCGAUAUAAAUUCGUUAAGAAGACAUGUAUAUGACUGCAUUUAUUUAUAAAUAUUCUGUGUAACAAGAGUUUGUAUUGUUCAUGUUGGUGAGAAAUAAUCAUGUCAUAAAACAUUGUAGAUAUCUCCUUUACAUUAUAUUUCAUCUGUUUGCCAUCACAUGAAGAGUAAUAAAACUGUAAAUAUA